AUGGUCUCCAGCGAGGUGUGGAACUCUUCAGAGAUGCUGCUGAAUGAUUCCGCGAGGAACUUGUCCUUGGACGAGGUGGAGGAAGGCGAGCACCCUUUCCUGACAGAUGCCUGGCUGGUGCCACUUUUCUUCUCGCUCAUCAUGUUGGUGGGACUCGUAGGGAACUCUCUGGUCAUCUAUGUAAUCUCAAAGCACAGGCAGAUGAGGACGGCUACCAACUUCUACAUUGCUAACCUGGCUGCCACAGACAUCAUCUUCCUAGUGUGUUGUGUGCCAUUCACUGCUACCCUCUACCCUCUCCCUGGCUGGAUCUUCGGUGACUUCAUGUGCAGAUUUGUUGCUUUUCUUCAGCAGGUGACAGUCCAGGCUACCUGCAUCACACUGACAGCAAUGAGUGGGGAUCGCUGCUACGUGACUGUUUACCCCUUGAAAUCGCUCCGUCAUCGCACGUCACGGGUUGCCAUGAUUGUAAGCGUCUGCAUCUGGAUUGGCUCUUUCAUUCUGUCCAUCCCGAUUUUAAUGUAUCAGAGGCUUGAGGAUGGUUACUGGUAUGGGCCAAGACAGUACUGUAUGGAGCGCUUUCCCUCAAAGACACAUGAAAGAGCCUUCAUACUGUACCAGUUUAUAGCUGUCUACCUGCUGCCUGUUCUAACUAUCUCAUUCUGCUAUUCCUUCAUGUUGAAGAGGGUGGGCCAGCCAACUGUGGAGCCUGUUGAUAAUAACCAUCAUCAGGUGCAUCUGCUCUCCGAGAGAACCAUUUCCAUCAGGAGUAAGGUUUCCAAAAUGGUGGUAGUCAUCGUGGUGCUCUUCACCAUCUGCUGGGGUCCCAUCCAGAUCUUUGUCCUCUUUCAGUCUUUCUACCCUAACUUUAAGGUCAAUUAUGCCACAUAUAAGAUCAAGACGUGGGCCAACUGCAUGUCGUAUGCCAACUCGUCCAUCAACCCCAUCGUGUAUGGCUUCAUGGGUGCCAGCUUCCGAAAAUCCUUCCGGAAGACUUUCCCCUUCCUCUUCAGACAUGCGGUGAGGGACAGCAGUGUAGCCUCCCGUACAGCGAACGCAGAAAUUAAAUUUGUCGCAACAGACGAGAGCAACGCAGAAAGGAAGUGAGCAGCGGGCAUGGAAGAGAAUAAGCAGCUUCAUCUGCACACAGACAAAUGCUUAAUUGCUGCCACAUCCUGCACCGAAACACACUGAUCAAUGUGGGAGUGAAAUGAUUUCUUCAGGGAGCUUCAGUAUGCAUAAUAAGGAGAUGAUGUACAAUGACAUGGAAAAACACAUUUGCUUUUCCAUGUUAAUUCCUUGAUGCAUACUUAACCAUUGACAAAUGUAACACAUGACCAUGCGAAUUAGAUGAAAUGAGAUUUAAUCCCACAUAUAAGCUCACAUAAACAGUGGAUGUAAAUCAGACAGGUCAACGUCUUUGCCAGAUGAUUGGAAGUUCUGCCAACUGUGAAAUGCAGGAACUUGCCAGAGAGGAUGUUAACUGAACGAUCCAUAGAGACUCAUGACUCAUUCAUUGAAUUGGAUACAUAGGUUGGUCCUGCACCUCCCUGUGUACACACACACACACACACGCACACACACACUGUUGCCUAGCAUAACCCUGUACAUUUUAACUUAAUGGGUGUUUCUGAUGUUCUCAGUUUACCUCCUGACUCAGCCGAGAGUGUUCUUAUUCUGAUAGCAAGUCUAAACACAUCUCAGAGCAUACUCUAUUACUACCAAUUACAGCUUGUGUUGGUAAUGCUUUUAAUCUGUACAGUUAGUAAGGCUGUUAAAUUGUUUUGUUGAUCGGUCAAUGGUGUAUAAAUGUUCUCGUGAGACGAGGCUUCUCUGACCUUCUGGCUCAACAAGAAAUACUUUAUUUAUUUUUUAUUUUAAAUAACAUUGUGAUCGUU